AUGGUGUGCGAAAAUGCGUUGGAGCGUGUGUCGGAGGGGAGUAAAGGCGCAUUGGCGCGUAACGCAACCAAAAUAUCGCGAUCCGUGAAGGUAAACGGGUUCGCCUGCAAGACAAACGUGACGGCGGAUGACUUCUUCUUCGCCGGUCUAGCUAACGCCGGCGCCACCAACAACACCGUCGGAUCAAUUGUCACCGCCGCCAACGUACAGAGAAUCCCGGGACUCAACACCCUCGGCAUUUCCCUCGGCCGCAUCGACUACGCCCCGUUCGGCCUUAACCCGCCGCACGUCCACCCACGCGCCACCGAGGCGGUGUUCGUGCUGGAAGGAGAACUCGACGUGGGUUUCAUCACCACCGCAAAUAUCUUGUACUCCAAGACAAUAAAGAAGGGUGAGGUUUUCGUUUUCCCCAAAGGGCUCGUCCACUUCCAGAAGAACAACCGGAAUUCGACCGCCUCCGUCAUCGUCGCCUUCAACAGCCAGCUCGCCGGGACACAGUCCAUCGCCACCACCUUGUUUGGGGCUGCGCCGCCGGUGCCGGAUAAUGUUCUGAGCAAGGCGUUUCAAAUCGACGUUGAGGAUGUUGUGAAGAUCAAGUCCAAAUUUGCGCCUAAAAUAUGA